AUGGUUAAGCAUUCGCAGCUUACCGAUGUCCACAGCAUCGAUGGAGACGCGGACGAAUCAUAUCGAUUACCGCGCAAAUUCACUAUGUACUACCCUGUAGAGAUGUGGGUGCCAGAACCAGAAGAAGAGAUCCCUAUGCUGGAUCUGAUGUUCUACAGAUCUCUGGACAUUCUUACUGACAUGCAGCUGACCAUGGCAAAAAUUGAAUUGCAUGCGUGCAUUAAAGAGCAACGUGGCCUACGAUCUAUGUUCAAACACUUUGCCAGAAGUGCAAGAGAUAGAGGCGAAAAGAUGGAGCUCCUGAACCAACAUAGAAUUACCACACUAAGAACUCUCUUCAUGAGAUCUCGUCUCUCAAACGUGCAGAAAUGCAUUAAAGAGCGUAUUGCGAAGAGGAACAGAGAAAACAAUGAAGUUGCAGACAAGCCUGAAAAUGUUGAGGCUUUUGAAGAUGAUCAAAAUGAAAACGGUGAAAACUUGGAUGCCAAGAAGGAAGUGGAAAACAAGGGCGAAGUAUACAUCGAUAUGUUUGGCAUCGUUGUCAAAACUUUCGACGCUGUGUGCAGCCUAGUACGUCGGUACUACUGCUUCGGUCAUCAUCACGAUGUCCAAGAGAAUCUUCUGGAACAAGGAAUAGGAGUGUAUCGUAAUACCGUCAUCUGCACCGACUGGGAAUGCACUUUCGACCGCCCUGAAUAUUGGAAGCCCCCUGCUCCAUUGCUUUCUGUGACGGUGGAUUAA